AUGGCGACCGCAGCAGCCCCCGAGUCCUCUCUCCUCUCGCUCCUCUACCGCUCAUACCCUUCCGCGGUCUCUCCCGAUGCGACCGAGCCGGAUUAUUUGCACGCCUCGCCCAAAAUUUUUCCUACGGUGAACUUUGGGGAGGCCGAGGAAGCCGACAUCAAGCAAUGGCUCGCCUCAACCGCUGGCCUGAAGAAUGCUCUGGCUGCUGGUGACAGCACCAUUGCGAACAACAUCCUUGUCCAGUUGAACACUCAUCUCGCCACCCGCACCACCCUGCUCGGCUCGAAGCCCUCGGUCGCAGAUAUCGCCGUCUACGCCCUCGUCGCACCUCUCGUGGAGAAAUGGUCGCCCGAGGAGCGCACCGGAGAGAAGGGCUUCCACCACAUCGUGCGCCACAUCGACUUUGUGCAGAAUGCCAAGCUCUUCUCCCUACAGAUCCCCGAGGAGGAGAAGGUCCAGAUCGAUGUGAACGACGUGAAAUAUGUGCCCAAGCCCGUCGACCUCAAGGAAGAGAAGGAGCGCAAGAAGCGCGAGAAGGCCAAUGCCCAAAACGCCGACCCGAAGGGCGAGAAGCCCCUCGUCGUAGGCCAGGGCAAGCCCGAGAAGGCUGCUCAGGGUGACGCUCCCGCUCCUGCUUCUGAUGCUGCUGCUGCUGCUGCUGCCGCUGCCGCUGCCGGCCACAAGACCUCCAAGAAGGAGAAGAAGGAGAAGGCCCCCAAGGCUCCCAAGGCCCCCGCGGCCCCCGUUACCCCUCCCUCUCCAUCUCUGAUCGACCUGCGUGUCGGCCACAUCUUGCGCGCUAUCAACCACCCCAAUGCCGACUCCCUCUAUGUUUCUACCGUCGACGUGGGCGACGCUCCCGGCACCGAGAACACCACUGUGGAUGAGGAGACGGGCAAGACUGUGCGGAACAGUCUGCUCCGGUCUGAAUGGCCUGGUUCCUCUCGAGGAGAUGCAGGGUCCCGCCUCUCCCCGCGUCCCCGAGGAGGUGAUGCCCACGCCGGUCCCGUCGAGCUCGUGAACCCUCCCGCCGAUGCGCCCGCCGGUGAGCGUAUCACCUUCCAGGGCUGGUCCGAGGGUGAGCCAGAGAAGGUCCUGAACCCCAAGAAGAAGAUCUGGGAGACCUUCCAGCCUGGUUUUACCACCACCGACGAUCUGGAGGUUGCCUUUGAUAGUAGUGCCGUCCCUGUUGCCAAGGAGCAGGAAGGCAAGCCUGCGCUUGGAAAGCUGGUGACGGCUUCCGGUGUGAUCUGCACUGUCAAGACUCUGAAGAAUGCUGCUGUGCGGUAA